CAAAAUGGUGGUCUUCCGUCGUGAUCCUUGUGGUGUUUGCUGUCUAAUUUUGACYUAUUCUGCUGUUAUAUAUGCUGACUACUGUAUUGUUAACCAUGUAAUCAUUCCAACUAUCUCAGAGAGGUAUAUAUGGGGAACAAUCCAUGUUAUAAUAUUCAACACCAUAGCUUUAUUAUUAUUGAUUUCCCAUUUUAGAGCAUCAUUUUCAGACCCAGGUAUAGUUCCAUUGCCAACAGAAAGUUUAGACUUUUCAGAAAUAAAUAGAAAUCAUACUACUCAAAAUGGUGACUCUGAGUGGACAGCUUGUACAAAAUGUGAAGCAUACAGGCCACCAAGAGCACAUCACUGCAGAAUUUGCAGAAGAUGUAUCAAAAAGAUGGACCAUCAUUGCCCUUGGAUCAACAAUUGUGUUGGUGAAAGCAAUCAAAAAUACUUUAUUUUGUUUUUAUUUUAUACAGGUGUUCUUAGUUUAUAUGCAAUAAUUUUGGUAGCUAUUUCAUGGACUAAAAAGUGUCUUGGUUGUUCAAAGGAAUAUAACCAGAGAACUAGAUAUAUUUAUACCAUAAUACUAAUGAUUGAAUCCUGUCUGUUUGGUUUAUUUGUCAUUGCUAUGAUGUGUGACCAGUUUUCUUCCAUUACUGAGGAUCUUACAAAAGUAGAACAUGUCCAAAGGCAGAUAAGAUCUAAUAGAAAGUCACGAUCAGCACUAUUAGCCGAUGUCUUUGGAAGAGGGAGCUAUUUACUUUGGUUCUGCCCAUGUACGCCGCCAACAAGUUCCAACUAUGUGGGGACAUCAAACUCAAACAGGUUUUAUGUAUGACCAAAAGGCUUCACUCUCCCAAUGAAAACAGAAUUUCUUAAAAUUUAGACACUAAGCUUUUUAUUUAGCAAUCAAUGCAUCAUUAAGUAAGAGGUUGAAAAUUAUCUGCCAAGACUUUCACAGAAAGUAAAACACAAUUCAUUAGAAUCGUAACUUUCAGUUAAGACGUAGUUAGGCAGAUAGAUAAGGCAAUAGUCUCACGGUUAGGUGUACCUUCAUGAAAGAUAGCCGUGCCUUUACAUCGAAGCGAGACAACCGUUGAGCGUGCAAUGGUAGAUACCUGUGAAUAAUUGUCUGUAGGUGUGAAAGAAGGUUGUCUCGCUUCAAUGCAAAGGCACAGUUACAUUAAAUUCAAGAUAGCGCAGGGAACCAUGAAAAGGACUGUUGUUCACUUUCAGGUUAGAAAAGAUUGAUGGGUACAAUAAACAACAUAUCUUUUUUUAUGAAUUAUAGGGAAUACUUAAAGUAAUAUGGAUCUUGAAUGAUCUUAAAUAACUCAAGUUGACAUGAUUUCCCUAGUUUUUAGGGAGUUCCAUUUGCUACCCCUUGCAUGAUAUUUACCCAAAAUGAUUAAAAAAAAGAGAWGAGUAAUACUACAUGUACAUAUUUUACUUUGGAUUUGUGGAUUACCUGAGGUGUUACGUCACGAUUGCGAGCCUCACGGGUACAUGGUAAUAAGUAUGUACUCGCGAGGCGCGGGAUCGUGACGUAACACCACAGGUAAUCUGCAUUUUUCUAAGAGCACGAAGCGUGCGCAUUCGUACUUUUAAGCCUCUCCAGUAAUAGUUGGGCGGCCUAUGACCUUGAUUGCUGUUUAUAGCAUGCAGCAAAUGUUAGGAACAAUCAUUAUUAAUACCAAAUUUGAACAGGUUCACCAAUAUUAUUUUUUUAUUUAUGAUAGCAUAUAUUGUAAUAGGUUAGAGUGUUGAACUUCCUGGAAACACUACAGAAGGCAAGCUAUCAUCUGUUAAUUACUGCAAACAUCAAUAUAAAGGUCUCUAUAGUACAUUUAUGUACAUAUUAUUGACUAGGUUUAUAAUAUGUAACAUCAAAUCAAAAUAUUUCAUAAUGAUGCUGUGAUACAAAGAGCAGUGUUUUCAAUUCAAGCUCAAGCAUAUGCACACUUAUUAAUUUUAUUAGCAUUUUUAAGCUAAGGUGAAAUCAUAAAACAUAGAAGAAGCUGAGGAGGAGAAGCUGACACCAAAAGUAAAUUGCAUGGUGAGAGCCAUUCUAGCAGUUAGUUACAGAGUGGCAGUACUGAACUAGUUCUUAUUUAUUGGUCCUUUUUGUGUCAGCUUCUUUUGGCUUCUGCACAACMCCAGUCAAUAUUUUUAUGUMUAAUCUUAUGAUUCCCAAGUGCCAGGUUUCUAUUACUCAAAACAUAAUYACACAUUUGCUGCCAAAAUAUUGUGAUUUGAAUUCAUUAAUUCUCURUUUUGAGGUAGAGAAUGCAUGAACAAUGAGGUGAUUACCUACACUAUAGUUCCAUUUCUAAUAGUUACUGCCUAGCUAAUCAUUCUUGUAAGUGACUAUUCUCUUUAUUGCUCAACUGGAACAGUCUUUAAGUAACAAUACAUAUUGCACUAUACCUCAUUAAAACUUUUCCAGUUGUCACUAAUUAUGACUUAUUAGAUAAUAACUAUUUCCAUUAUAUUUUAUGGACAAAGUAAGCAUGCACAAUCUAGAGUGUGUGUAAGAUAUUGAGAUGUUUUACUCUUAAAAUUUCACCAAUAUCUAGCUUCAUCCCCAGACCACUCGUCCAUUAUUCACAGAGUAGUAGAACUUAGGGAUGUGGUUAACCUGAAUCUUUGCCUGGCAUAUCAAUCCAUAUUAAGAUGUACAUGUUUGUGACUGUAAAUUGUAUAUAAUUAAAAGAAGAUGAUAAAUAUUAUAAAUGCAGUAUAUCUGCAUAGCAUUGUAAAUGUUUUUUUUAAUGUCAUAAUAAAAUGCACAACAUUAUU